GUUAGUAAUAGGGAACCAGUCAAUGAUUUCAAUAGUUUUCGAAAUAUCAAGAAGUGACUUGAUUUAAUUAUUUUCUCUAAUAGCUUAUUAUUUCUUAUUAUUUGAGGAGAAUCAUGGCUACGUCAACUGGAGCAUCUAGGGGAUCAAAAAGAAAGAAAUACAAUACCAAAACUGGAUUUGAAGAAUUUGGUGGAUAUAUGUCAGCUAAAAUAUCUAAACUACAAGAUCAAUUUCAUAAUAUCGAAGUAGAUAAGGAAUCAACAGGUAUUUUUCACGGUGUUUCGAUUUACGUUAAUGGAUACACUGAACCAUCUUCGGAUGUCUUGAAAAAAAUAAUGAAAGAGAACGGAGGAAUCUAUCAUCAUUAUUAUAGCAGAAGAUAUGUAUCUCAUAUUAUAGCAACAAACUUACCAAACGGUAAAAUCGAUAAAUUAACUGAUCAAAAAAUUGUAAAAGCUGCUUGGAUAACUGAGAGUGUAAAAGAAGGAAAACUAUUACCUUAUACCGAUUUUUUAGUAGUUCCACCUAAUCAGAAAAAUCAAAAAACGUUGACUUUUACCAAAACUGUUACUUUUGAUAAGAAAGCACAGUCAAAUGAAGAAUCACCAACAAAAAAUAAAAACUUUGUGUCAGAUUUUUACAGUCGUUCCAGGUUACAUCAUAUCAGUAAUUGGGGAGCAGAAUUUAAGGAAUACGUAAAUUCAUUACAAAAACAGGAAGAUAGAAUCUUCCCGGAAAGGGAAAAUCUACAGAAAUUUAUACAGAACGAAGAUCUUCCUAUUUCUUCUGAGGCUAAACUGCAGAAAAUUUAUAUGCAUGUUGAUAUGGAUUGCUUUUUUGUAUCUGUUGGAUUAAGGAAUAAACCAGACCUUAAAGGUAAACCAGUAGCAGUUACCCAUUCUAAAGGAGGAAAGGGAAAAGGUGAACAAUCUUCAUUGUCUCAUUCAGAACGUCGGAACUUUGAAAAAAAUUAUUAUAAUAACCGAGAAUUUCGCGGAAAGAAGACGAACACAACAGGAAUGAUAAAUGAAACGGAAAUGUUUUCUGAACAUAUGGGAGAGCAGGGGAAGGAGAAGGAGGAAGAGGAAUUCUAUUCUAUGGCAGAAAUUGCUUCCUGUUCCUAUGAGGCUAGAAAGGCAGGAGUUAAAAAUGGAAUGCUCAUGGGAAAAGCAAAGAAAUUGUGUCCAGAAUUGCAAACAAUAAACUAUGAUUUUGAAGGAUAUUCAGAAGUUGCUAGAAUUCUAUACGAUACAGUUGCGAGUUUCACACAUGAUAUCGAAGCUGUUAGUUGCGAUGAAAUGUUAAUUGACUGCGUCGAUGUUCUAGCUGAUACUGGUGCAAGUCCUAUGCAAUUUGCAACUUAUUUACGGGAAACUAUAAGAGAAAAAACCGGUUGUAAUGCCUCCAUUGGAAUAGGAAAAAAUCUAUUAUUAGCAAGAUUAGCAACUAAAAAAGCAAAACCAAACGGACAAUUCUUAAUGAAAGAAGAAGAAUCGUUGGCAAUCAUCAAAGAAUUACCAGUAAGAAAUUUACCGGGUGUUGGCUGGGCAUUAGGAAAGAAAUUAGAUACGCUAAACAUCAAAACUUGCGGCGACUUACAGACAAUUUCCCUAGACGUUUUACAAAAGGAAAUUGGUAACAAAACGGCUAUCAACCUAAUCCAAUUUAGUAAAGGCAUAGACGAUAGAACGUUAAAAUCCCAAAAAGUACGAAAAUCUGUUUCGGCUGAAAUUAAUUAUGGUAUUCGUUUUAAAUUGAUGGAGGAAGCCGAUGAAUUUUUAUCCAAUUUAUCACAAGAAUUAUCAAAUAGAUUGCAAAAUAUUAAAGCCAAAACUAAAUGUCUAACUUUAAAAUUAAAAAUAAGAUCUGAAGGAGCUCCGAAAGAAACAGCUAAAUUUCUUGGUCACGGCAUUUGCGAUACUGUUGCGAAAUCAACAACCAUAGCCAUUGCAACAGACGAAAGUCAAAUAAUUGAUCAGGAAGUUUGCACUUUAUUAAGGAUGAUUAAUCCUACUAUAGAAGAUAUGAGAGGAGUCGGUAUUCAAGCAACAAAACUACAAUUUCCUGCAGAAAAUAAAAGUAUACCAAAAGUUAACUAUGGAGCUGAUAUUACGAAAUUCACUGUUAAAUCUACCAAGCAAAAUAGUAUUAAUCCUGUAAAUUCUGAUACAAAAAAUUCUCUAUGUAACGACAACAAACUUAAAAUAAGGGAGAAAAGCAUUAGUCCUGAAACUUUACCACCUUUACCAUUCGCUGGAGGAUACGAAUUGGAUGAUGACGAUGAUCACUCAAUAACUAGUUUUCAACCUCUAUCGUCGCAUGAUAAAAUCGUUGAUGAAGAUGAUAAUAAUAGUCAAAAAAAUGAAAAUGAAGGUGACAAAAGUAUAUAUAUUAUCGACCAUGUUCCACCUCCAGAUUAUCUCUCUUACUCUAAGGUUUUCAUUUUUACCUCUUUUCUUGACUUUUAAAAUAAAAACAAAUGGUUUAUUUUCAUAGCUUGAUCAAGACAUUCUCGAAGAGCUUCCAUUAGAUCUUCAGCGCGAAAUACAAGCCGAAUGUAAAAAGCAGCCGAAACCAUUACCUAAACCUAUUAUCAAAACACCAGUAAAGAGAUCCCCGAAAAAGAGAGCAAGAAAAUCAAAAACAUCCAUUCCUUCCCGAUUUCAUACACCUUCGCAACCAACUUUGACAGGUCUUGUUGAAAAGUCAACCAACAAACGAGAAAAUUCUAUUAGUCCACCAAAGCUGGAUAUUGUUAAAGAUUCACCUAAAAGGCCAAAAGUAACAAUAUGUGGUGCUGAAAAAGAAUGUGAAGUAAGAGAACUACUAGAAGAAUGGAUUAAAUCAACAGACGAACCGGAGAACGAAGAUUUUCAAAGAUUUAUAAAUUAUAUACUUGAAUUGAUAUCUGACAAAAAUAUGGAAUUGGCGUAUUCUUUACUUAUCUUUAUGAAAAGGUAAUAAAAAUCAUUCUUAUUAUUAUCGAUAUAGUUAUAAUCUCUUCUUUUCACUAUAGAAAACUAUCAUCAUCAUCAGUGUCAUGGAGAAUGUCUUAUCAAAAUGCUAUAGAAGAUGUUCAAUUUGUCAUCAAAGAAACCUAUGGGGGAAGCUUUAAACUGUAAAAAAUUAUUGCAUAUAUAAUAAAUAAAUCUGAAUACAAAGUUUCGAAAAAACAGGCAAUUGUUCUAUUUUUUUAUUAUUAACAACAUGAUUAAUCUAUUACGGAUGUUUACAUCAUAAAAAAUAGGUAUUUUCUCAAAACGGACGCUUACAUAGACUUUCGUCUUAUAUUGAUUGCAUAACAAUUUGUAAAGUUAACACUAAAAACUAUACAUAAUUUUACUUAGCAUAUAAAAUUUUAUCGAUAAUACUCUGUGUAAUCAGUGGGUUAAUAUUGAAAGAUAGAAAUCUCUACCAGUUUUUCAUAGGC